CCAGGCUCUUUACGCGGAUGGAGGAGUAAAAUAAUUGACAAUAAACACAUAUCGUAUGCCUCCAACACAGUAAGGGCGCUUUGUGCAGCAAUUUGAGCCACCGUUGUUAUCAAUGAUACAGUGGUCCCCGGAAGGCGUCGUGUGAAGCUCUGCGGUCGCUGACAGCUGUUUCCCCUCGGAGAAAUGGAGCAUAUCCGAACGCCAAAGGUGGAGCAGGUGCGACUGUUGGAUCGCUUCAGCAACAAAUCCACAAAUGGCACACUGUACCUCACAGCUACACAUCUCAUCUUUGUGGAGAGCAGCUCUAACAACUCAACGUCUGCCGGUCAGGAGAUCUGGAUUUUGCAUCACCACAUAGCGUCUGUGGAGAAACUCUCCCUGACCACCACAGGUUGUCCUCUGGUCAUCCAGUGUCGCAACUUCAGGGUGGUUCAUUUCGUGGUACAGAGAGAAAGAGACUGCCACGACAUUUACAGCUCCCUGCUGCGUCUUCUACGGCCUGUAUCCUAUGAAGAGCUGUACGCGUUCUCCUACAACCCCAAACAGAACGACCAACAGAGAGAGGAAGGAUGGCAGCUCAUCGACCUGGGGGCGGAGUUUGAGAGGAUGGGUGUUCCCUGCGACCAAUGGCAGCUCACCGACGUCAACAGAGAAUACAAGGUGUGCGAGACGUAUCCGCGAGACCUGUAUGUUCCCAUCACAGCCAGUAAGCCCAUCAUUGUGGGGAGCUCCAAGUUCAGAAGCAAAGGACGCUUUCCUGUACUCACAUACUUCUACCAAGAAAAGAAGGCGGCAGUGUGUCGAUGCAGUCAGCCUCUCUCUGGGUUCAGUGCGCGAUGCUUAGAGGACGAGAGCCUGCUGCAGGCCAUCAGCAAGGCCAACCACAACAGCCGAUUCGUCUACGUCAUGGAUACCAGGCCAAAGCUGAAUGCACUAGCUAAUCGAGCAGCAGGUAAAGGAUAUGAGAAUGAGGACAACUACUCCAACAUCCGCUUCCAGUUUGUUGGCAUUGAAAACAUCCACGUAAUGAGGACCAGCCUGCAGAAAUUGCUAGAAGUGAUUGGGACUCGCUCUCUUUCCAUGAGUGACUAUCUGGUUGGCCUGGAGAGCAGCGGUUGGCUCCGGCAUAUCAAAGCUGUUGUAGACGCAGCCAUCUUUCUCACCAAGGCGGUGACACUGGAAGGAGCCAGUGUGUUGGUUCAUUGUUCAGACGGAUGGGACAGAACAGCCCAGGUCUGCUCGCUUGGGGCGCUGCUCAUGGACCCUUACUACCGCACUAUGAAGGGCUUCAUGGUGCUGAUAGAGAAAGACUGGAUCUCCUUUGGCCACAAGUUUGCAGACAGGUGUGACCAGCUGGAUGGGGAUCCAAAGGAGGUGUCUCCUAUCUUCACUCAGUUCCUGGAGUGUGUCUGGCAGCUGACAGAGCAGUUCCCGCAGGCGUUUGAGUUCAGCGAGUGGUUCCUGCUGCAGAUUCACGAACACGUCCACUCCUGUCAAUAUGGAAACUUCCUUGGCAACAAUCAGAGACAGAGAGAGGAGUUGCAGCUGAGAGAGCGGACUCACUCACUGUGGGCAUUUCUAAUGAGCGAAAAACAGAACUAUUUGAAUCCGUUCUACAGCCCUGCCUACUCUGAAGUACACCCUGUGCUGGCACCUUCCACUCUGCCAUACAAUUUCAAGUUCUGGAGGAACAUGUACCACCAGUUUGAUCGCUCCAUGCACCCACGUCAGUCUAUCCUCAAAACCAUCCUGACCCUGCGAGAGAACAGCCGCAACGCAGAGAACACACUGCAAGCACUGGAGAGUCGGCUCCACCAGCUUGGUGUGACCCCCAUCGCGACCUCUGACCCCCCUGCGCCCCCUCCCACCAGAGAUCAGCGCUCCAACUCCAACACCCUCCCGCCACGUCCCGACUCCCUCAUUCUGGGGGCGCCCAUAAACCACAAAGAAGUGCAGCGGCAGGAGGAGGACGAGGAGGAGGUGGGCGAGGAGGCCACAGAGAGCAUCGACACGGAGCGGACAGUAGAGGGCAGUAGCGGCACCGAGAGCAGGAAGCAGAGCUACGGAGAGCUGGACGGGACAUACAACAGCGAGUUGGCCAAAGAGGAGCCAGCUGUUGUCAGUCUGGAGUUUGGAGUGGCACGCAUGACCUGCUGAGACCAAACAGGGGGAUUGUGGGAUACUGAGGGACAGGGGUGAUUGAGUGAGAGGGCUUACUGAAAGUGUGUGUGUCAAGGGGAAGCUGUCGUUCCGUGUGUGAUAACGUCCUGAUUACGCAAUGGUCCGUGAAUGGGCCGAGUGGAUGAAGCUGUAUGUCUGUAUAGUCUAAAUCUCAAUGGGAAGCCUCAUUAUUAUGUCAUAUACUGCACCUAUAGGAAAAAAAGCUUGUUUUUUUAUGAAUGUUGAAAAGCACUAUAAAGAACUAAUGAAUAGAAUAAGAGAAUAAAUUCAUCCAAAAUAUAGCGAGUCUUCUACUUUGUUCAGUUUUACUUCUUUUUUUUAUAUAUUCCAUUUUUGGCUUUGAUAUUCUUAACAAAUCGUCAUAUUUCUCAACAUGAAAACCAACCAUAAAAUCUUUUUUUUGGCACCAGAGAUAUUUCAUCUCAUCCAAAGGCUUGAGUCCAGCCUAAUCUGAAUGUUGUGUGUGUGACCUGAUCUGAUUUUGCUCCAAUGUGACGAUUAAAAAAAUAAAACAUCAAAUUCUACAUCAUUAAAGAUAAUCUAGCACUGGAAAUAUUACUGAACCAAAUUUUGGCUGCGCUACUAACUGUAUCUAAGUAAAUGCAGUUUUGAUUAGUUUUUUUUAAGUAGUCAGAUCAUUUAACUUAUUUAACUAUUACUGUGACUAUGGACAAAUGGGCUGUGAUGUUUAGCUGUCAACCGUUGCCCUCAUUGACUAUUUAAUCCUAUUUUACAUCUCACAUUGAUCAGAUAAUCUGACUCACUAACGUGUCUGUCUGCAAUGUCAGUGACUUAUUGUUUAUGACAGCUGACCCUGGUCAGGGGUCAUUGCCACAGAUACACCAAGUCAAAUAGGUCUGAAGUCAAUGGGUCUGGUUGUCAAAUGCAAGACAUGACUGCUGCACAUUCUAAAAGGGAUUUUUGGGGGAUUUUUAUAUAAAAUUCCCCCUAAAUUAUACAGGAAUUUUCUUUAAUUAUCCUUUAGGAGUUUUAAAGUUCAACAAAAAAAAUCUAGCAGCAAUUAUAUCAAACUGUGUUUCUUGACACAGAAUUUAUUGUAGCUGCUAAUACUGGGUGUGGAAAUAUUUAGAAAAUGUCUCUCAGUCAUCCCCUUAUCUCAGAGCAGGACAUUUUCAUACAUCCUUGUUUUAACUGGGUUAUUUUUUUUUUACUAUGGGGAAUUUAGGCCAGAAGUUAACACUUAUUUUUGAGCCAGACUGUGUUUUGGCUCAGCUUUUAUUUGUUGAGACCAUAAUAAUUCUGUGUUAAUAAUUCCAGACUGAGGUUGUAACUUUGCUUCAUAUCAGAGCUCAGAAAGGAUUUGAUCUUCAUUGGACUGGAUUUACUCUACAAGCAAACAUCUUCCUAAAUCAGAGUGCUGAAGAAAAACAAGAUGUAAACCUGUCAGUAUAUAAGUGAAUGUGUAAUGUGCUUGUCUCUGCAGACUCUCGAUCAUUUGCAUAUAUUUGUUUUUGUAUGGUGCUUUGCGUGGCACACAACUUCACAACAGCAGACACUGUUCAUUCUGUUGUGUUUUAUCCAGCCUUGUGUGCUUCUAAAUACUUUAUGGAAUUUGUGCUAGCAGCCUUGGCAGUGAACUAGUUCCUCCUUAAACACCACUCUCUUUAUCAUCCUUGCAUACUGUAGGAAUAAAUUGAGUUUUGUGCUUA